UGUAACUUAUGUAAUUUGUCAGCCUGAACACUGCUCACAUUAUUUUUUUUUUUGAAAGCUGAACCAGUGCAUGUUCUUGUAAAUGUUGUCUUUGGUGUUUCUGUACAUAAUUGUUGUUUUCAUUAAUUAUUUCAAGGCUUAAUUGAGUGUUAGUGCUUCCAGGAGAAUCUAACUAUGUGACAAGAGAUACUGCUUUUUAAAGAAUAUUUAAUUAAAAUAAUGUGAACAUUUUUGUGGAAGAAUCUCUGCGUGUUUAUAAAAAUUUACCAAAAACCUGAACUAUUUGGCCAAUUCUAGUCAUCGCUUCGUUACAUGGUCUGUUAGAAACAGGGGGAGCUCAAUACCUUGUGUAAUGCUCAGCAGUAACUGGUCCCACAGCUGGUUCUCACUGGUACUGGGAAGUCCUAAUCUCCCUUCCUUUUUCCUUGCCUUGCUUCUUAGUUUUAGAGCAUAUAAAAUCCUUCAGGGGGCUUAAAUAGCCAAAGAAGUAAUAGAAUAUUUUAUUUUUUUUCAGCAUAAUUGAGUAGAAUUAGCUCAUGAAGGCCACUGAUAAGCACUGGGAAUCGCACAGGGGAGAGAGGAGUAGGACUUACCCCCUUUACCAACAGCAAAGCGAGGGGCAAAGAGAGAAGCUUGGUGGAGUUAAAGGAGCAGCUGAAGUACUCAUGGAGAUAGAAGAGCUGCCCAACAAGGACAGCCUGAAAAGGCUCAGACCUUCAGCUGGAGAGGGGAAGCUUUGCUAAAUGGAUAACCAGGCAUUUGAAAUGUACGGAGAGAACAUACAAAAAUCUUCGAAAGGAACAGAGUGGCCAAGGAAAGAGGAAAGGAACAGCAGGUGGUCCUUAAUGAAAGUCUUUCUAGUUUGUCUCUUGGCCUGUGUUAUCACCACCGUGAUCGGAGUGCUGGUCCUCUCCUUGGUCUACGUCAACCACGUUCCCUUUAUCAGAGAGACGGUCGUUAAAGACGAUGGAACAUCUUCCCCAAAACCAGAGGAAAAAGAUGUGGAUAUCAAAUUCCAGUUCCUGAACCACGUGACGAAUUCAAAGGUUCAUAAGUACCCAGGUGGGGAAAUUCAGUGGGCAAGAUACAGGAAUGAUGUAAAUGAAUAUCAAAGUGAUGAAGAAAUGGUAUUUGGGAGAAGUAUCAAUAACCAUCGCUCCAAAAUGACUUUUGGAACCCUCCGGAUCAAGAGCAACGGGCUUCGGGCUCCCCACUGGCAUUUCAAUGCCAACGAACAUGGCUACCUGGCACAGGGCUCUGCCUGGAUCGGAGUAAUCGGUGCAGACAACAGCGUGGUUACCACCUACAACGUCACAGCUGGUCAAGUCAUCUUCUUCCCUAGAAACACUGUGCAUUGGGUGAAGAACGUAGGAUCUGAAGACUGUUUGUUCUUGCUCUUUUUCACCACGCACGAAGAACUGCAGACCUUGGAUGUAGACGACGCCUUCUUCUCUACCCCAGAGGACGUAGCAGCCAGAGCAUUAAAGCCACAAGGUGGAGUUAAUUUCAUCAGAACCUUCAAGAAACAAGAGGAAGAUCAAGCAAUUAACCUCCCCUCCAACUUGAACGAGCUUGUGAAUAAUGCCACCUACGUGCAGUCUCCGGACAACUUCGUCUGGCAGUUCUUCUACGAUCUCAAAGGGUCAGCAGAAUAUCCUUUUCCAGGAGGAGUCUUCCAGUGGGCUCGUUACCGCAUAAAUGGCACCGGCCUAAACGAAAAGGAGAAAAUCUUUAGCGAGUCGCUGAACAAGCACGAAAACACCCUCACCUUGGCCACUCUGCGGAUAUUCAGCAACGGGCUGGGGCAGCCUCAUUUCCACUUCAACGCUAACGAGAUGGGUUAUGUCAUUAGCGGCUGCGGACAGGUUGGGGUUAUUCUCUCUGGAGUCACCUCCAACUUCAACAUUGGCAUUGGAGAUGUCAUCUUCUUCCCCGUGGGAACCCAGCAUUACAUCAAGAGCGUGUGCGACGAGGAUUUGCUUUUGAUUCUGGCCUACAGUACAGGAAACCAGCUGGAAACUCUUCGCAUGAACGACUACUUCCACGGAACAGCCGAUCAUAUCCUUGCUCAGCUUUUCUUCAAGCACCAGGACGAGUUCAAGAAGUUCCCCAGACCUGCCAAAAAAUGACCUCUCUCCUCUCCAAGCAUUUCUCCUGCUCGCCGUGUCUCCUGCACUACUUCUUGAUACCUUUUUGGCUGUUUAUCCAGCGGGGACGUUCAGCGAAAAAGAAGGAUUCGGGGUUAUUAGUUAUAAAAAAAAAAAGGUUGUUUUCUUUUUCUAUUUUUAUAACGUCUUAUUUAUAGCGCAAUGUCAUUUGAUUGUAUAUAAUAAAGUAAU